AUGUGCGUGGUCGCCGCUGCUCAGCUUGGCCAGGCGGCCCCAGUGAGCAGCGCGGGAGUGGACGGGGACGUCGCAGCCACACCUGCUGCUCCGGAAGCCUCUUCGAGCGACCUGGCUCAAGUCGUAGCAGCCAGCGCAUCUCUCACAUCUGCGGCGGCAGCAGCAGCUCCCACAGCUGCGCCACUUGCCGGUCCUUCGCUGGUGCCUCUCUCUCCAGGCCCGGCAGACGUAUUCAAAUCAGGGGGAACCUGCUCAACCACCUGGUCGCCCGCAUUCGCUUGGACGAAUGGUCAAGCUCCUUGGGCAAACUUCACCAUCGAUCUGAUGACUGGUAGCAACGACAAUAUGACCAAGCUGGCCACCGUCGCCUCCAAUUUGGACGGUACGGAUUACAGUAAGACGAAGUACGACUUUCAAUGUCCCGACGCUCAGCCUUAUUCCAAGAUCUACUUUUUGCAAUUUUCGAACCCGUCCGGAUCAAAUGCGACGACCUGGACAACUCGCUUUACGCUCGCAUCGGCGAACGGGGAGACGACUGCGCCAGAACACGAAACGCAACCUGAUGGAGAGGAUAUUGCUUGGGGACAAGGAAAGCUGAUCAGCGUCGGCAGCACUUCAGGCAACAUCACACCGGCGGAGGGAUCAAGAGCAGCCGCGCUGGUGUCGGGCAAACAACCAAAGAGUCUUCAACAGCAGACGGCAUCGCAGAGCUCCUCUUCUGCAAAUGGCAGACUCGACGCGCUCAGUGGAGUGGCGGGCGCGAUCGCUGCGGCUUGCGCCGCCAUGGUGCUGAUCUGA